AAGACUCCGCCCUAAUUAGCUCUCCUUCGGCGUACUCUGGUGUUAUGAAGGAGCGAGCCCCUGUGUGUUAGCAGUAUCCAAUCAGCGCUGUCAAUGCAAGUCGUUGACCGUGGAGAUGUAUGUUGUGUGGUAGCUGCUACGAGCAAGGCUAGACAGGCAGUAUGGCGGAGGAGGGCAGUGUGUACGAGUUAGAGGGGCUAGAGACACAAUUACAGAGUUUGUUAAGCCGCCACUCAAGUGAUGAGUUGCGUGACGACAGUAAACCGUUCUGCUCCGACUUUUGCAAGCUGGUGGAGGAGUACACUUCUCGCUGGCAGGUGCCACUGCCUCAGCUCAGGAUCCUUGAGAUAGCUCUCUGCUACUUUGCUAGAGCCUCCACUUCCUUCACAUCAAACUGUGAUCUUGUGCUCCACACACUCAGUAGUCUGGCCUUGAGUGUUUUUGAGUUGCUGCUGUUCUUUGACCUGGAUGACUUCCAUCAGGAGCCACUGAAACAAUUCACUGUUACAUUCCAGGAAUGUCAUUUGGCCCUUGCGAGUUAUCAGAAUGUUCACUUACUUCAGGUGGAGUGUUUGGUUCAGGGUGGCGGGCCUUGGGCCAGCUCAGUCUUACAGGCAAUCCUCAGUGAGUCCAGUUUACCUCAGAAUGAAGCGGAUGGGUGCAUCAGCUCUGAGCUGCCGGUGUUCUUCGAGCUUCGGGUGCGCUACCUUUUAUCCUGCGAGCGGGUCAGUGAGGCCAUGGCCCUGGCUAAGUGUUGUGCUCGGCAUCCCACAGCAGGACAACACUUGUUCUUCCUCCAGGUCUACCUCACGUGGCUUUACAAAACGUCACAGCAUGACCGCCUAUGUAAAGAGAUGGAUGACUUUAAUGGUAAAGAUGCAGUUCACAUUAUCUGUAGCUUGGAGUGUGAGGAAAAAGACGACCUGCUGCUAGCCCUCAGCAGAUCCUUCCUCUUCCAGCAGCUCCGCAGAGGAGAUAUGUACUAUCUGUGUGAUCUUGUCUUUAUAUGGAGUAAACUUCAUAGUCGGUUGAAUACAUCCAAGGAUGCCCUACUUGAGGAGAGUCAUCAGCUGAUGCUGUCUGCCACUAAUGUCAACUCAAUCUUCCCGUUCAUCAGAGCCAUACUGCAAGAGCUGGGUGAAGAUGGUAUCCAGUUCUGCGUGGAGCUUUGUGCUAAUGCCCUGGAGUCUUGCCUUCCCUGUGAUGUCAUUACCAAGUCCCUAAUCUACAAAACCAUUGCUGGCCUGCUUCCCAAUGACCUGGAGGUUUCCCGGGCAUGUGCUCUUCUCGUCUUCUUCCUCGAACGCACUGUUGAGGCCUACAAGAUGGUGUACCUUCUUUACAUGCAUCCUGAUCAGGAGUACCACGUGGAGAACAAUCCCAUCGGAAAUCAUGUUCGCUUUGAAAUGCUUCAGGUCUUGAAGAAAGACCUCUAUUUUGACCCAGAGUUUUGGAACCUCAUUGCUUUGCGGACCAAUUGUUUGAAGUUGAUGAGUGAGAAAGUGGUUAGUGCUGCCCUUGAAGAAAUCAUGGAGGACAAAUGGAUCCACAACUAUUGCACCAAAGAGCUUGGAUUCCGGUCAAGCACAUCAUUAUGUCAGAAAGGCAGUAAAGGGGCAGCAGCAAAGAAGCGGCACCAUAAAGAGGACAGACAUCAUAAAGAUGACACUGACACAGCAUCCAAAAGACUGAAAGUGGGCCCAGGCAAAACACGACUAAAUCUUGAUGUAAAGAAGAAAGGCACCCAAGGAUCAAGACCUUUGAAGGAAACUUCAUCUGAACCUUUGAGGCGUUCAUUUUGGCAGCUCGACAGAAUAGAGGACAAUGUCGCCAUUGGGUAUGGACAACAUAGACGCACUACACGACUCUCAGAGAAGAACCCCCCAAAACGGAGGAUUAGGAAACCCAAGUGGCUUCUGGCAGACUCAGGAACUCUUGAAGAGAACAGUGCUCCUCUGAAGAUCAAAAAGCAUGGGUUGAAACAUCAACAACACGAUCAUCAAUCUCCUGUUGUAAAGAGGUCUGAAACUGGUCAGAUCAAGAAUAAUGCAAAACUCAAAUCUUCAGUACACUCUCAUUUAAAGGCAAGGGAAAACAACAAGCACCAGAGAGAAUUGUCUUUGGACUGUCUUAAACAAGCCACCCCUCCGCAAGUAAUUCUUGAGCUCUCCUUACCAGACAAUGAACUGAUGGGUACGUUUACUGAGGACACUUGCAACAGACAGAGAGGCUUCCCCCAAGUGCUUCUUUACAAACCCACAGUGAAGCUUCCUGUCACAUCACAACCUGUGAAGACUGUACAUCGCAAAGAGGUUAUUCUUAGAGCACGGGAUGCAGCAAUGUUUGUACAACAGUUGCACUGUUAUGCUCGGCGGCAGAAAGGAAAAGGUAACGGGUCGAAUGUUCACGGCUCAGUGUCAACAAUCACACGCUCCUCUGUGCAGGGAAGUCCUCCUAAAGAUCCACUAAGAGAGCUCUGUGAAAAGCCUGAGAUGAAAGGCAGAGUUUCUUCUCAGACACCAAUAGAAGCUGAAGUUACAGCAUCUCCAGUUUUAGAAAAAGUCCCUCAAGCUCAAACUACAAAAUCAGUCUCACGAAAGGCAUCUGCUGCAAGAGAGCUCUCUGUAAAGUCUUCUGUUGAAAUGAAAGUUACUGUUGCUCCACAGACACCAGCAUCAGCAAAACUGACAAAACCCCAGGUUUUAGACAAGGUCCCUCAACCUCCAAGCAAAGCAAAAGUCUUGCAUUCCAUUACUUCAUCAAGAGAGCUCCAUGAAAAGUCUGCUGAAAUGGAAGCUACCACUGCAUCACACAAUGCAGCUGAUGUGACAGAAGCCCCAAGGUUAGAUAAGGUCCUGCAAGCUCAAACCGCAGCUUCAUCCACAGAGCUCUGCGAAGAACCUGCUGUUGAAAUGAAAGUAACUAUUGCCUCACAAACCCCAGCAGCAGGUAAAGUGACACAGAGUGAUACAAGGUUAGAUAAAGCCUCUAAAGCUCAAACUGUAGAAGACCUCUCAAAAACCACAGCUUCAGCCGAAGUGUCGCAGACCACAACUGAAGACAACAAUCAGAAGAUAGUUACUGAUAAAAUCCCUCCAGGCUCCAAUACAGCUAACAUUGGCGCUGCAGAUCCAACAGCCUCUCACUCCCACGAUGUUCUCAUAUAUGGGGAACAAGAACUCAAGUCACUUUCCCUUCAGGCUGAAACUGGUAAAAUUCCUGUGGCCCAAGAAAAAGCAGACACUCACACAGAGGUGCUCACCACAGUCAGCAACAGCAUUGCUGAGGCGGAUGUCACAGAGGAUUUAUCCAAAGACUCGAGAGGACGUGUUCCUUGUGAAAGGGACACAAGCCCCAGAGGAAAUAUUGUCACUCUAAGUAAGGUAUCAGAGACUCAGGCUACUUAUUCACCUACAGACCAGGACAGUAUAAAUGACAUAUCUGCUCUGACAUUAGUAACAGAAAUGGUUACUGAACUUGCGCCUGAGGCACUUGCUCGAGAUUGUGAGAAUGAAAAAUGGCGAGCUCCAGAGAACAGUGCUUCCAAGGAGUCAACAGCGGUAGGUAAACCUAAAGUACCUCACAAAAUACGGAUUCCCUCCAGCUGCUCUGUACCAGAAUGGGAGGCCUCCGCGGUUGCUGAUAUGCAACUGAGGAAAGGGAAAGGAGGAAUUCACGAUAUUGCUCUGGAAACACCUGAGAACAGUGAGGCUAUGGAAACACCACCAGAAUCAGAGGAAUCCAAGUUGGAGUUCUGUUGUACCUUCUGCAACAAGGUCUUUAAGGGAAGUCGUGUUGUAGCACAUGCAAUGUUCCAUUAUCGUAAAGACGAGUGCAUGUUCUGUGGCACGAUGUUCAAAGAUGACCUCCUGGCCAUGAUGCACCUUUCUGAUCAUAUAGAAAAGCUAAAGAAGAGCAAAGAGUCAGCUGGUAACAAAGUCCAAGAAAACAGGGUCUCGGAGUCCAAAGAUAUUUCCACACCUAAAACCUCUGCCAAAGGUCGUCGCAGUAGUGGGAGAUCAAAGAAAUCUGCUCUGUCUUCUGAUUCAAGCCCACCUGAAUCCAGAAAGUUAAGAUCUAAUGACAAGCCAGUGGAUGGUCAGCUUUUACAAGAAAAGAAACAAAACACAUCAAAGCACCUUAGUAGAGAAAUUCCUGUUCAUAAGGUAAAUGGGCAUGUUGGCAAAAAGAAAGAGGUCGACACAGUGAAGCAGCCGCUUAUGCAGCAGGAGAUCUCCCAAGCAAGAACAAGUAAUGGAUCUGAGAAUCCUGAGCUGCCAGAAAACCAACAUGUAGAGAUGUACUCCUCUGCAUCUUCAGUUCAGGUAGAGAAAGAGUUUGGUUGUUCCACUAAAGAUAAAAUGAAGGAGGCAGUCCACAAAACAACAGCCACAAAACAAAUUGGGAAAGAUGUCGAAGAGAAAGUUUGCUGUCCUGUGGAUGGAUGUGCUUGGUUUACAGACUUAUCGAAAAACCGUGUUGCACUCCUUUACCAUGCUCUGGAAGAUCACAAUGGUGAGCUCAAACCCUUAGAACUGGCUUUCCAUGUCGGAAAUGGUAGAUGUUCUAUUUGCAUGAGGGUUUUGUGGAGUUUCGAACACUUUCAGCACCAUGUUGAAAGACACAGAAUCACUCCUCGGCAUCCUUGCCUUCAUCAAGGCUGUACUGCCAGGUUCAAAACCGGAAUGGAAAUGAGACGCCACGCCCGGAGGCACAGUCCGCUGCAGGCAGUGUGCUGCCUCCCUGGUUGUUCUCAACUAUUUAUUUGUCUCUGGGCACUAAACCUUCAUGAAAAAGAGCAUUAUGCAUCCAAACCCACAAAACCAGACAAGGUCACAAAAGAGCAAACUGGUGCAGAAAUUGGGGAUCAUAAGCCAAAAGAUGCUACUUCUGUAAAUAAGACUGUGAGUUUAAAGGCUGCUCGUAAGUUAAGAGGAAAGGCUACACAUAACUCGUCAUCAAGAAAACACGUUAAGGCUCCUCCUCUCUCCAAUGUCAGAACAUCUGUGUUGGAAACGGAGUUGAAGGAGAGAAAUGAGGAUUCAGGAAAGGAUUCAAAUGUCUUAAAGAAUCUCUCCAACAAAGACACCUCUGCACAGCCUACUGUUCCUAAUCUGAGAGUAAGGCAGACGUUAAGAAAAGGGCAAGUAACUAAUACAACACUGGCAGCUCCCAAAACCCACAAAGUCAUCUCAUCAUCAUUGUUAAAACACAACAGCAAAGUGAGGCAGAAGUUUAAGAAAAAGCAGAUCAAAGUAAAUGCAAAAGGUCCUGCAAGAAGAGGUCGUCCUCCUAAAUCAAAGAAAGCUGUGCAUGAUGAAAACACUUCUACUGGUCAAAACAGUGACACUGACAAAGAAAAAACUGGUUCGCAAAAGGAUUCGAAGCAGCCUACUCAACUUGGAAGUGCACCUAAAGCAGCAGAGGACUCAAAUCCGAGCAACAGGUUAGCAGCAGCAGAAGAAGAAAAGAGUAAGCAGGACCAAGAUGUAGUCAGAACUACAGACAGACCAGUUGAUGAAUCAAAGACUAAGAAAUCAGUGAAAAAGAGUCAUGUUAAACAAAAGGGGGCCUCGCAUAACACCUCUACAGUUGUUGCAACAGAUAAUAGUUUAAAUCGAUCAGUCAUUCCCACCACAGCAGACGAAACACAGAAGGUGACCACUGGCAAAAUAAAUAAAGUGCACAAAGCAAAAAAGCGCUCCUCUCCUAAAGAAAAUGAUAGUCAAACUGAGUCAAACCUCAGCAAGUCAAGGAAGCACAAGGUUACAAAUAACAAAGUCAGCACGAAGACUGUCAAGAAAAAAUAUCCCCUCAAAGAACAAGAGUCUGCCUCAAAGAAGGCCGCCAAGGCAAGAUCUGCUGUCCCACAAGUUGAAGCCAAAGCAGCAGCAGUUGUAGUAGAAAAUUCUGCUGAGGAGGAUGGAAAAGCAAAGGCAGAAAACAUGGACUCAACACAAAACAGCACUGGUAACACAGUGCCUGCUGUUACAGCAAACAUUUUAAAUGAAGCAACUGCACCACCCAACAGCUUAAAUGAGCGAGCCUCACCACCCACCACAUCAGGACAAAAAACACAGAAGGUAACAACAGAGGAAAAGAUAUCACACACCAUGAAAAAAGAGAGACAUAAAGAAAAGAAUGCUAAAACUGCUUCUUCAAACUCAGGCAAGGCAAAAAAGAAGCACAAAGAUAGGGAUAAGAAGGGGGACAAAAAGACAGUCAAGAAAAAACAGCCAUGCAAUGACCUGGGAAAAACAUCCGCCUUGAAAAAGACUGCCAAGUCAAAAUCCAUAGUCCAACAACAGGAUGAGACCAAAACACCUGCAGCAUUAGCGAAGAGCACUCUUGAUGAGGAGGGAAAAGUUAAGGAAGAAGCCUCAGAUGCAACACUUGACAGCGCUGGUCCCUCCAUGCUUGCUGUUACCAGCCGCUUAAAUGCAAAGACUUCUCCACCCACUGCCGCUGAAGAGAAAACGCAGAAGGUAACAAAAAAGUCAAAGAAAUCUAAUGAUAUGAAAAAACCUGACCCCAAUAAAGCAAAUAAGAAGCGCAAGAAUAUUCAUAAAGAAGGUGACACAAAGAUAGUCAAGAAAAAAUUCAAAGAUAAGGGUGUUCCACCAGCAUCUAAGAAGCCUGCAAAAUCAAAAACUGAAGUCCAACCACCCACUGAGGCCAAAGCAGAGAUAGAGGAGGGAAAAACUUCAGCGGAAACACCACAAUCUGCAGUUAGCAGCUCUGGUAACUGUGUUAUAAUGAAUGGACAAGCGGCAAGUGAAGAUUUAAAAUCUACAAUGUGUAAGGACUCUCUCGCCAAAUAUAGUAAGAGGCCAUACAUGCGACUGCCACCUACAGCUUACCUUGAUGAGAAGUACAUCACCAUGCCAAAACGGAGGAAGGAGAUGUCACUUUUCCAGCCGUAUCAGAGAAAUCCCCCCGCUGGGCAGACUCCUGUUCCAGCAACUCUGCAGAGACAACGAUGUGCCAAUUGUUUUGCUACUUUUAACAGUGCUGAGGAUCUGCAGAGUCAUCUCCAGCUGCAGAAGUGCUCAAACCUCUUUGGGUUUGACUCUGACGAUGAGGGCAACAGUUGAACAGGUCUAUUUAAGUCAAAACAGAUUGUUGUCUGGGAUGCAUAAUAGAGUGACCUGUGGACCUGCAUGGAGCCCCUGGAUGGAUCGUACCUCAACAGAUCAUUGCUCUCUGAAUGACUCGUUCAUUAUUUUGGGCAAAGACUCAUGCAUCAGGAGUUAUCAGAGGAGACCUGGAACUGAGAGGGUCUUCUGACUUUUGCUGCAGCAUGUGCCUGUAACACAAGGCCCGGGAGCGGCCGGGACACAUCAAAUAGCCAGUCGGUAAAAAGACUACUGAACUGAAUCCCAGUCAGACUGUUAGCAGAACAGCUAGUACUGAAGUGCCUGCUCUGGAACCGCUGUGUCGUUUCCAGCUGCUUCACCUGGUAUGGAGAUUGAGUAUUGUGGCUUAAAGACUGGACUCUUGAAAGCUGUGAAAAAAAAAAAACUGACGCUAGAUGACAAGGCUGCUCCUGCUUUCACUAGGAUACAUAUUUUUCACAUCAGUAAGCCAUAAUAUGACAUUGUUUGCUUUUUGCACUCUUCUCAUAAGAUAUUCUGUUCAUCUUUUUUCUGCUUAAACUCUCAAAGUGAUGGGAAUUGUACAAUAAAAGCUCAUACUAUUUUAACAUCCUAAGGUUAAAAACAUAAUGUAGUCUAAACUUUGAAAGUUGAAAGAUUGCUGUAUCAAAGUCUUCUUUGGGAAGUUUUUAUGUAUAAUUCUUGUUUAAAUACUAAUUGUAUUUCUAAUACAAAGUUCCCUGUGGGGUUGAUUAGGACUGAGCUGCUUGUCCUCAUUAUGACUAACCAGUAGGGGUCAGUGUGCACCCGUUUCAAGCACCUCAUCAGAUUUCUUUUUUCCUCUUGCUAAACAUAAGAUGAUAAUGUUUGCUUUUUUUUUGCAACAGACAGAUUUAUACCUACAGAGUUGUUCCACUGUAUUUAUCACUGUACAGUCUCAAGAAAUGCUUUCACUUCCAGGACACAUCCAUCAAGCUGUAUUUCCUUUAGCAAUAACAAAUUCCAACCACAGGAUGUGCCAGUAUCCCACAAAUACUUUGCUGGAUUCUGUCACUAAUCAUAUUCUAUCUAUUAUUUGCUGUUGGUGGAGCAGCUGACAUUCUGUCUUAUAUUGUAUUUUCUCACUUAAAUAUAGAUUUUUCAUUUUUAUCUGGAACUGUCCAAGACCAUUGGAACAUUGUGAUUUCUCUUUUAAGGUGAAUGUUGUCUUUAAGGAUUCCUUCAGAGAGAAACAGAAAUGUGGCAGUCAAACUGCCACAGUUUUACUGGGAGGCCGCACCAGUCUUUCAUGAGCAGCAGCAGGUUAUAUUUAUUUAUGAUUUAUUUUCUAUCUUUUGUAAAUAUUUGAAGAGUUUCACUGGCUUAUUAUAUAAGGAGUUGUUGGAGCCAAGUUUAUAUUUUGUUCUUGGAAAAAAUAAAACUUAUUUCAAAUGG